AAACACUCUCCACUAACAACUGAAUCCAUUCACCUCUUCCACCGACCAGGCACCGUAUCUUCUGCUUAGCAGCAAGGACCCUCCCAUCAACUACUCCAACAUACCAACAUCUGGCCACCAACAUGAACAGUGCGCCACCACCUUCGUCCUUUGACGAUGAUACCGACUUCUACGAGGAGAGCCGAUGGCAGAAGCUGCGUCGUCGCAUUGUACAGGAACCUCUGAUCCCGCUCGGUUGUGGUCUGACCGUCUGGGCUCUGUACGAAGCGACGAAGUCCAUGAAGUCUGGUGAUCAUGUAAAGACCAACCGUAUGUUCCGUCGUCGUAUCUACGCCCAAGGUUUCACUCUGCUCGCCAUGGUCGCCGGUUCUGCGUACUGGAAGAAAGACCGCGUCAAGCGCAAGGAAUACAAUGAAUUGGUCGAUGAAAAGAAGAAGAAGGACAAGCGUGAUGCUUGGAUCAGAGAGCUUGAAGCCAGAGAUGACGAAGAGAAGGAAAUUGCUGCCAUGAAGAAGCGAUUGGCGCAGGCUAGAGGUGCUGAAGAGAAGCGUCUGUCCGAAGACAAGGCAAGAGCCGUCGAGGCAAAGAUCAAGUCCGAUACAACAGGCAUUGUCCGCAGCGUGCUAGAGCCCGGUGAGAGCAGACGGGGCUCUCCUCUCCUGAAUGCUGCAAUGAAGUUGUGGCAAUCGAGGUCAUGAUCGCUUCUUUUCGUCUUGGUACUGGGAUCACGGCGUUGGAGCUUAGCAUUUGACCGGCAUUGGGAACCUGAGACUGUCCACUCUCCAUAUUGUACAUAUAUAUACC